AUGGCUGAGACAUCUCAUUUCGACGUGCCAUCUGGCGUCACUGCCAGAGUGAGCAUCAUUGACUCUUCUUUGCGUGUAUCCAAGAUGCCUCUACAACACCUUAUGAAGCCCGCUAUGGCAGGCUUGGAAUUCAUGCCCCCCGCCACAACCUGGUCAUUCUUGAUAGAAGGCUCAUCGGGAAAUAAGGCAAUCUUUGACCUGGGAGUUCCUAAAAACCCCUUAGAGAACUUCUCCCCAGUGUGUUGCAAGACAAUAACUGAGGGAAACUUGGACCUUGAUGUUCCGAAGAAUGUGGCAGAUAUCCUUAGAGACAAUCAGCUGCAGCCAUCGGAUAUUAACAGCGUUAUUUGGAGGCAUGUAUACACUCGAACAUUCAACCUCACAACAUUCCCGGGGUCUACAGAGCUCGUCGUUGGCCAAGGUUUCAAGGAAGCCUUCUGUCCUGGAUACCCUACUAAUCCUGAUUCUCCCAUUAGGGAAGUCGAUUACGAAGGAAGAACCUUUCGAGAAAUCGACUUUGAUAAGAAACCUCUCAGUAUCGGACCUUUCCGAGGGUUUGACUUCUUUGAUGACGGCUCUUUUUACCUCCUUGACACACCUGGCCAUACCAUUGGACACGUAGCUGGCCUUGCGCGUACAACCACUGGCCCGGACACUUUCAUAUUCAUGGGCGGCGACAUCUGCCACCAUGGUGGCGAGAUCCGUCCAUCACCAUACCUGCCAAUCCCACGACACCUACCCCAACACUUGUCCCUAUCUGACUCAUUUCGACUCCUCAUGUCACGUUGUCCAGCGACCAUAUUAGACGAUGUGAACGUCAGGCGUGGUCGCAACGCUGGAGAGACGUUCUUCGAUCCAAAUAUAGGAUUUGACAAGGAGCAGGCAUUAAAGACUAUCAAGGAGACGCAGAAGGCUGAUGCGCAAGACAACGUCUUUUUUAUUUUUGCACAUGAUAUGUCAAUCAUGGGCGUCGUUGAUGAGUUUCCAAAUACUGCGAAUGAUUGGAAGGCGAAAGGAUGGAGGGAGAAGACUCGUUGGAGGUUUCUGAAUGAUUUCGAAGAAGCCGUCAAGGAGCAGGCGAAGUAG